GGUACAACAUUUAGAACUAGAGCACCCGCAAUCGACGCUGCACACCAGCACGAUAUACAUCACACCGUUUCCAACAAAUCUGGCAUUUGCAGCAAGCCAAUGUCCGGUACCCAGCGUGACCCCGAAUCCCUGGCGUAUCUCGGCGACAAAGACCUCGGAAACCGCAUCCGCUACGGAACAGCGACAGUGUCGGACGUACUACACGCGUGAAAUGUUUUGUGGGUUAAUUCCGUGUUCCUUCAAGACCGCAGAAUCGGUUCCAACUUUGCACGGGACCAAUGACGGGUUUCUAUCCAUAAAGACCGUAGCAGUCCUAGACUGUCUAGGCUCUCAUGAGAUCCCCGAGUUAAGCCAAAGCUCCGUCCACAAUGCAGCAGCCUCCGAGUCUCCACGCGAUAGCCCCAACCCGAAUAUCCAACCACAUGUCUGCGAACAGUCACGCCGCCACUUCGAUGUUAGCGUGCAGGUGGGCCUCAUGAAAAUCAUGCUCGUGACCAGCGUUCUUGGUAAUGGCCCCACUAGACAACCAGCGCAUCACUCAGCUAACACCACAGGCGCCCUUUUCCCAAUCUUGAUGGCUCCGAGGGUGGAGCUGCAGAACAUCGAACAACUCCGACGCGAGGGUAUCAACGUUCUCUCCGGCGCCGUCAUUAUUGAUCACCUUGUCGAAGUUAUUCACCUGGCGAGGGGUGGCUGUAUGAGCCCGUCCUUGUACAACCUUAUAAUUUGCGCAGCCUUCUUCACCGGCGUAUUUCUGUGCGACUUGGUUGUUACCUGGCUGAGUCCAGUCUUGAAACUGCCGGCCCGCUUGCUCAUCCCAGUCUGGGGCUUGGUACUGGGCUCCUGGAGCUUUCUGCGUGGACUCUGGUCAAAGCUGAAGCCUUCUAGCUGGUUUGCGCCAGAGGCCACCCGCGCGCCACCCAUCGUUGAGGGAGAUAGACAGUUGAGCGACGUCUUGGCCCUCGAAGCCAGUGCUUUUCUUCAUUCAGUCUUGCUCGGAGUCAAUCUCAUUCUCUUCGGGGACAACUCUUUGCAUACAUAUUUCACUGUUAUCGUCUUCCACCAAUUCAUCGAAGGCAUUGAAUUAGGCGCAUUCGUCGACUCGUCGGGCCAGAAUGGAGAGGAUCUCUCGAUGCGCCGGAAGGUUGGCCAUGCGCUAGCCUUUGCGUUGAUGGCGCCACUUGGCAUGACCGUUGGAGUGGUGAUCAAGUUUUUCUACAGCGGCAGCAACUCCUCCAUUGAGGUUUCUACAGAUCUCUUGCGUGGUCUGGUUGCAGGCGUCCUGGCGUGGCUAGUGCUGUCAAGAUGUGAGAGCAGUGGCGACUGGUGGGACAUGAAAAGGUUAGUCUCCGGCAGCCCCUUGCGCACAGUCAUAGGCUUGCUAGUCCUGGUGAUCGGAAUGGCAUGGAGGAGUGUUUUGGGGAAAGUGCUUCAGUGGGUUGUUGAUUCCCCGUACUGGAGAAGAGAUACUGGAGCGAGCUUUUGGGCAAGGGGUUUGAUGGGUCGGUAAUUUUGGAUAGAUACUAGCGGCAUCGUUUAGCAAGUAGCGGAUUCGAGCAGUAUUUGGGAAUACAUUCAGCGGAUUGCUCA